CUAAAAAAACGAUGGGCCCAUAUCUUACAAGCGUUGCGAAAAAUGUGCCGUAUCCGGCCGGGAGACCAGAAUUCCGCCGCAAGUGUCCAACUCCAUUGUACUACUACUACACUACUCGAGCGAGGUGGAGGCAACGUCCCCAACAGUCCAACUCCUAAUCCCAAAGAAAGGUUGUUCAAAUGAAAACGAGGGUUGUAAUCCCAUUCCCUUCCAUGGCGGGCGAGGCUAGCGUCGUCAUUUUACCCAUAACCCUAUCAGUGCACUUCUAAGGUAUAAAUCCUGAAACUUCUGGUCGGUCUGCGUGCUUUCUCCGGGCAAUACGGGAAGGUGGCGGCGAGGUAGCUAGCUUUCUCUCGAUCGACUUUCUCCAGGUUUUCACUCCGAUUUAUUUCUCUUUCAAUGGAUUGUUUACUUCGGUUGACUGUGCCGCUCCGGCCGCCGGAUCGAUUUUCAGUGUCGCUCCGUUUCUUCGAUAUUCUGUUUGUUUAUUGAGAAAUAAAAUGACCGGAGCUUGGGUAGGAAACCUAAUGUCGACCAGCUCUUUUAUCUCCGCCAUAGCGACGCGUCUUGCUCUACAUGACGGAAUUCCGUAUUGUGUUUUAUUUUUUUGCUUGCUUGGUGGUGUGAUUCUACGUCAAUUGCCAGGACCGGAAUUCUCCAAGGCAGUUCAGAUCAAAUCGUGCUAGCUUUCUGGUUUGUGCUUGUUUAUCGCGGGUUCUUCCUAUUAGACGCAGAGAACUUGAUUGGCAUGUUAGAUGGGUGAAAAUUGGAAGUUAGAAGCUGAACUGUCAUCACCUGUAGUGAGGUUAAUUGGAUCAGCGUCUUUGAUUUGAACUGUUAGUGCAAAUCCUGUUUUCCUUACGGUUUAGGAGGAGAGAAGGAUGGCUGUAGAUUAUGCUUGUUCGGUCCUUGUUAAGUUAUAGCAGGAUGGAUGAACGAUAGACAGAUCAGUGAUCAAAGUUACCUCCACUUUUGCGGCUUUCCUUUCUUUGGUUCAUAGAUUAUUCUUUUCUCAAGCUAUGUUGUGUUUAUACUGUUCAGGGUCACCAUCUUAAAUUGCAAACAUGGCGGAUGGAUCAAAGCAUCCAUCAGUUGUUCAGAAGAUAUAUGGGCAAUCCUAUCUUGUCACCAAGCUGUCUCCAGGCUUGCAAAGCAGGAAUGGGACUGCUAGCUUUGACACUGGUUUCCAGUCUCCGCUCCAUUGCACUAUGCAGGGAACUGGGUUGGCAGUUCUCCCCACCCAUUCCCCCAUCUUUGUUCAAGCUCCCUCUGAGAAAGGCUUUGGUGCCUUUAUGAUUGAUUUCCUCAUGGGAGGAGUCUCUGCUGCGGUUUCCAAGACUGCAGCUGCUCCUAUCGAGCGUGUUAAGCUCCUGAUUCAGAAUCAAGAUGAGAUGAUUAAAGCUGGCCGUCUUUCGGAACCCUACGAGGGGAUUGGUGACUGUUUUGCGAGAACCAUGAAGGACGAGGGGGUGAUUGCCCUUUGGAGAGGCAACACUGCUAAUGUUAUCAGAUACUUCCCUACUCAGGCUCUGAACUUUGCUUUCAAAGAUUACUUCAAGAGGCUGUUUAACUUCAAGAAAGACAGGGAUGGUUACUGGAAAUGGUUUGCUGGGAACUUGAUGUCUGGUGGAGCAGCUGGUGCAUCAUCUCUUCUGUUUGUUUACUCCUUGGAUUAUGCUCGAACACGUUUGGCCAAUGAUGCAAAGGCAGCUAAAAAGGGUGGCGAGAGGCAGUUCAAUGGCUUGGUUGAUGUGUACAAGAAAACUAUCAAAACUGAUGGUGUCGCUGGACUCUACCGUGGUUUCAACAUCUCUUGUGUUGGAAUCAUUGUGUACCGUGGACUCUACUUUGGCAUGUACGACUCUCUUAAGCCUGUGGUUCUCACUGGUGAUUUGCAGGAUAGUUUCCUGGCAAGUUUCUUGCUGGGAUGGGGUAUCACAAUAGGAGCUGGGCUGGCAUCUUAUCCAAUUGAUACCGUGCGAAGAAGAAUGAUGAUGACAUCAGGGGAAGCUGUGAAGUACAGCAGCUCGCUGGAUGCAUUCAAGCAGAUUGUCCAGAAAGAAGGCACAAAAUCACUCUUCAAGGGUGCUGGUGCGAACAUCCUUCGAGCAGUGGCUGGUGCAGGUGUGCUUGCCGGCUAUGAUAAGCUGCAGCUGAUCGUCUUCGGCAAGAAGUAUGGAUCUGGCGGCGGCUAAUUUGGUAGGUUGUGGGUAUUCAAGGGGAUAGGGAGAGAGCAAUUAUGAUGAUGAGAAAUUAGAAUGCUUGUUUAGGGGCGUCCUUUGCUAAAGUUUGAAUAAUUUUAGGUUGUCUCAAGUACUGUUUUGUUAUCCCAGUACGUAGUUUGGGUUUGAUGCUAUAGGGCCAUUGUGAUUAGACCUGGUAGUUGCAAAUUUUUGGGGUGUGGUUUUGUUGUGUCAGAGUACUGAGCUGAAUAGUUCCUCGUUUGGACCGUGGAUGAGAAUAAUAAUCAAAAUACGUUGUCUAAGAAGAGUUGCAUCUGUGCUUGUUAUGUCUGAAGUGAAAUUUUAUUACCAGGAUAUGUGUAGCUGAGAAAUUGCGGUAGCGCAUUUAGAACUCACGUCUGAACAUAAUCUCGGCCAUUUUCAGUGAGCGAUACGAUAUUGAUGCAAGAUCGUUUUAGUGUUCAAUGAUUUUGAUGCUAGAUUGUUGGGCUCUAACACGAUUUUAUCAAGAUGGCUGCCAUCAAAAGCGAUCUAGCAAAAUGGCCAUUACCCUGCUUUGGCAACAAAGACACAAGUAACAAGUAAUUUCUGGACAAAAUAGACACAAGUAAUUUCUAGAUAAAAAUAUAUUUGUAUAGCUAUAACUUUCAUAUUGUGACAAAUAUAGUCAUAAUUAUUGAAAAACACAAAAUAGUCCAAAAAUUAGAAGAUAGAGUGACAGAUCUAGUCAUUUCUUGUUAGAAACUAUAACGAUGUUUGUGAUGUGGUGAAAUUCUUUGACGGAACGCUGAUUAGGAUGCAACUCAUUACUCAUGUAAUCUACAAAUCGGCAUAAGUUUACGUAUAGAUUGCUACGUCAUCAAUUAAUGAAAAUUCCCCCCAUUCUUAUAUAUGUCGACCGUCAUGCUACCUUCUACAUUGCGAUUAGGGUUUUCCGGAAAAAGCUUCCUUGGGUUUCCUAUGCUUCCACGGUGCCUUCGUCAUUACCAGGAAGCUUGGGUUUCAUCUGGAAACGAUCUUCGUCGGUCUAUUACGUCGCUGGAUGCAUGCAAGACUUCGUCGGGGAAGGGAGGCGAUGGUGCGGGAUUGAUGUUUGGAUGACAAUUCUGGAGUGGGGUAGAGAUUUUCUAGGUGGUCAGGGCAUCAAUCGGAAGAGGUGUGGUGAUUAUCGGAAGUAGAUCGUAAAUAGGAGAGGGAUUGAAGCUUUGUUGUCUGUUGUGGUUGGAGGACGAGAGACGAAGGUGGGAAGAAAAGAAAGACGAGGAAAGGACACGUGGUCAACUGUGUCGCGUUUUGGAUUUUAUAUUUAAAAUUAUUUUUGGUGUUAAUCCACGUCGGUUGGUGGGGACAAUAAAUCGCCAACUCAACAUUUUCAGUCAGCCUAGUCAUACCGUUAACUAACACCGUUAAAAUAAUGAACUGAAUUGAUCAUUUUGUUUUUUUCGAUAGUUGUAGCUAUAUUUGUCGCAAAUGCAAAAGUUAUGGCUAUCAAAGUGUAUUUUACCUAAUAGACGAUAUACGUCGGAACUUCUAGAAGGGAAUACUUUACAAAAUAUUUGCUAAAAUUGGAAAACAUCCUCAAAGUAUCUUAAACACUCCUAAAUUCUAAGAACAUGUCAUCUUCCGAUCGAUUUCAUAGUGGCGUAAUUUUGUGCUUGAUUAUCCAUUAGACGCACCUUUUUUAAUUCACAUAACUUUUCGAAAUUUGCACUGCCCAAACAACCAAAUGCGAUUUGGUUCGUUUUCGUCUCUAAAUAAUGGUCGUUUGAUGCCCAAUUAAGUAGUUUUGUUAUUUCGCUAACUUUGGAUAGUCGUAAUUUUGUGUUCUAUCAUAUGCUCUUUGUUGAUUAUUGUUCGUCUCCUUUACAAAUUAUUUGUCCAACUUUGUAUUGACUCGAGCUUAGUUUGGACCAGUGCGAUAGUCAGAUAACAAGUGUAAAGAAGCAUAGUUCGAUAAAUAUAAUAGAUACGAAACGUGCAA